CGGGGGCGGGGCGCCAGCCCGGAGGCCGAGCCCUCUGGGUCUCACCCUGCAGCGGGCCUACCGGGGGCGUCGCCCCAGCCCCCACCCCCCGCAGGCCCCGUGCCGGUUGGGGACCCUCCACGUGACUCGGUGAUGCAGAGCGGUUAUGACCUUCAGCGUGUGUCUGUGAAUGCGAGGGUCCCGGCAACGGCUGGUUUGCGUCCGGCCCUGCCUAUGGGUGCGGGGACGUACGAGUGGGCGUGUGUGGGUGUGUUGGGGAGUGUGCCCAGCGACAUGUGACAAAGACUUGCGUCUCGGAGAGAUGGUGAAAGGGCCCGCGAGCUGGUGCUUUGUCUGGCUGUCUGCAGAGUGACGGUCCGCGCAACGGUGGCAGGAGCCCGUACGGUGCAGGAUGCUGGGGCGCCAGGGUGGCCGGGGGCGCGCGCGCCUGUGCCAGGGUGAGUGCGCUGCGGCAGCGCCGGGGGACUGCGCGGCGGGCCCGCGCCGGCCCGGGCCUCAGGCGUGACCGGGAGCCACCCGUGGGCGCUGCAGUAGCCGCGUGUCCCCGUGACCUCGGGAGCCGGCCCGGGUGGAUCCCUGCGCGCCCCUCCCGUCCGCCCUCCACGUGCGUGUCCGCGGAGCGCGUGCUCGCUAGCGCGCACCCGCCUGCCUGUCGCCGCCGCCGCCGCCGCCGCCGCCGCGAGCAGCGCCGGGAAAAGGUGCCGAGAACCGAGUGAGCCGGGGCCGCGGGCCCGAGAGCCAUGGGCCGGAGGGCACGCCGCUGGCGGCCGGUCAGCCCCGGGCCUCGCCCCCGCGGGAGAGCCGCCUGGAGUCGGCAGGGGCCGGCCGGGCCCUCUGGGAGGCCGGCCCGCGCCCCCUGAGCUACGGACGCCAGAGCCUGUCUCCCCCUACCUGCUUGGGAAAUGUGACCUUUACUUCGGGGGCCUGGCCCUCAGGCCCGGCCUUCCUUCAGCCCUAGAGGGGCCCCUGAGGCCUCUGGCCCUGGGUGCAGCGGCCGCCUGCACCAGCCCCACCUGUGCCUGGGUGCCCCGUUCCCACAGGCGCCCGCCAUGGCACCGCCGCUCCUCCUGCUGCUGCUGGCCAGUGGAGCGGCCGCCUGCCCACUGCCCUGCGUCUGCCAGAACCUGUCUGAAUCACUCAGCACCCUCUGUGCCCACCGAGGCCUGCUGUUUGUGCCACCCAACGUGGACCGGCGCACAGUGGAACUGCGGCUGGCUGACAACUUCAUCCAGGCCUUGGGGCCGCCAGACUUCCGCAACAUGACGGGGCUAGUGGACCUGACACUGUCCCGAAACGCCAUCACCCGAAUCGGGGCCCGCGCCUUUGGGGACCUGGAGAGUUUGCGCUCCCUGCACCUGGAUGGCAACAGGCUGGUGGAGCUGGGUGCUGGGAGCCUGCGGGGCCCCGUCAACCUGCAGCACCUCAUCCUCAGUGGCAACCAGCUGGGCCGAAUUUCGCCAGGAGCCUUUGAUGACUUCCUGGACAGCCUGGAGGACCUAGACCUGUCCUAUAACAACCUGCGGCAGGUGCCCUGGGCCGGCAUCGGUGCCAUGCCGGCCUUGCACACCCUCAACCUGGACCACAACCUCAUCGACGCACUGCCCCCAGGCGCCUUUGCCCAGCUCAGCCAGCUCUCCCGCCUUGACCUCACCUCCAACCGCCUGGCCACGCUGGCGCCUGACCCACUCUUCUCCCGGGGGCGUGACGCAGAGGCCUCGCCUGCCCCCCUGGUGCUGAGCUUCAGCGGGAACCCCCUGCACUGCAACUGUGAGCUGCUGUGGCUGCGGCGGCUGGCACGGCCUGACGACCUGGAGACCUGCGCCUCCCCACCAGGCCUGGCUGGCCGCUACUUCUGGGCAGUGCCCGAGGGCGAGUUCUCCUGUGAGCCACCCCUCAUUGCCCGUCACACGCAGCGCCUCUGGGUGCUGGAGGGCCAGCGGGCCACACUGCGCUGCCGGGCCCUUGGCGACCCUGUGCCCACCAUGCACUGGGUUGGCCCCGAUGACCGGCUGGUUGGCAACUCCUCCCGAGCCCGGGCUUUCCCCAACGGGACCCUGGAGAUUGGGGUGACGGGCUCCGGGGACGCAGGGGACUACACCUGUAUUGCCACCAACCCUGCUGGAGAGGCCACAGCCCGGGUAGAGUUACGGGUGCUGGCCUUGCCUCACAGUGGGAACGGCAGUGCUGAGGGUGGCCGCCCGGGGCCCUCGGACAUUGCUGCCUCAGCCCGCACCGCCGCCGAGGGCGAGGGGUCGCUGGAGUCCGAGCCAGCAGUGCAGGUGACAGAGGUGACAGCAACGUCAGGGCUAGUAAGCUGGGGCCCAGGGCGGCCAGUGGACCCUGUGUGGAUGUUCCAAAUCCAGUACAACAGCAGCGAGGAUGAGACCCUCAUCUACCGGAUCGUCCCAGCCUCCAGCCACCACUUCCUGCUGAAGCACCUGGUCCCUGGUGCCGACUAUGACCUCUGCCUGCUGGCCCUGUCCCCCGCCGCUGGGCCUUCUGACCUCACAGCCACCAGGUUGCUGGGCUGUGCUCACUUCUCCACACUGCCAGCCACACCCCUGUGCCAUGCCCUGCAGGCCCACGUGCUGGGCGGGACCCUGACCGUGGCUGUUGGGGGGGUGCUCGUGGCUGCCUUACUGGUCUUCACUGUGGCCUUGCUGGUUCGGGGCCGGGCUGGGAAUGGCCGCCUGCCCCUCAAGCUCAGCCAUGUCCAGUCCCAGACCAAUGGAGGCCCCAGCCCCACACCCAAGACCCAUGCCCCUCGGAGCCCCCCUCCUCGCCCCCAGCGCAGCUGCUCCCUGGACCUGGGAGAUGCCAGUGGGUGCUAUGGCUACGCCAGGCGCCUUGGAGGAGCCUGGACACGACGGAGCCACUCUGUGCAUGGGGGGCUACUUGGGGUGGGGUGCCGGGGAGUGGGGGGCAGUGCAGAGCGGCUGGAAGAGAGUGUGGUGUGAGGGGGAGUCGGCCCAGGAUGGGCUGGGGAAGGGGUGGAGGGUGCAGGGUGGACAGCUGCCUGGCCUUGUGGCCAGUGCUGCCUGGGAGUCCCUCCCGGUUUUACCCUCGGUACCUCAGGCCCCUUUGUGCUUGGCAAGACAGGGGGCCCUUUCCCUGCUUCUGGCCUCCAGACAGGUGUAAGGGAACAGGUCCUUCCAACAGGUGCUCACAGUCACCAAGGCAGGGGCUGCAGCCACCAAAUGCGAGUCUUGUUUUUCUUUAUAAUAAAAUUGUUGGGGACACCUCA